UGUUGGCUGAGCGUGACAGCAUCUGGUUGGAAGAGACGUCGGUACACGGUCUCUGAGGGGACGCUCGUCGCAAAUACACAACCUGGAACUGACAUAAUGAUCUCGUAGCACUUGGUUAGCAGUGUGACAUCCAGAGUAUGAGCACAAAGAUCAGUGUGCUUACUCCAAUGUCAUUUGAUCGCCCCACAACCUGCGUUAGUCACAGAUAUGUUGUUGCGGUAUUAAGUGCAAUGAGAACCAGGUGUAUUCUGUUGUUCAGUUCUGUUGUUCUGCUUGUGUCCGCCUCUCGAAGGGCUGAUUGCAGGGUCUGUUUUCAUGCCGUAUUUGCCAUGCAGCUGAGGCAAAAGGUGCUUAAUAAGAUGAGGAAGCAGCACCAUACCACCGCCAACAACACGUGAUCUCCUUCUCUUCACAACCGUUACAUAAUUAUGCAUUCACUCUGUGCAUGUGCUUCGUGCUAGGCAUGAUUCCACGAUUUUUAUUUCUCACAACUGUGAGGUUCUAGCG